ACUUGCGGUAUUUGUUAGAGUUGGGCUUAGCACAUGUUUGGGCUUCAUCUGACAGAAUUUUGAGCUAUUGACAAGAACAUCAAAAACAAAAAAAAAAAAAAGAUUUAUGUAGAAAAAAACAUAUCUAUUAGGGUGCUUAAACAUACAAUUUAAUAGAAAAAAAUAAGAAUAGAAAGAAAAAUCAAUAAGAUUAAAAAAAGAAUAAAAAAAGAAUAAAAAAAGAAUAAAAAAAGAAUAAAAAAAGAAUUGAUUUUCGAACUUUCGCUGAUAAAUGGUGCAACGUAGUAAAAAGAUCCGUGGCUCUUCAAGAAUACACUCUGAAUUAUUUUGACGUUUCAAAAAUUGCAUUGUAGAGUAGACAGUGCAACAAAGAAAUUUCGGACACCGAAUAAUCACAGCAUGCAACAAUUGUAUUGAUUGCCCAUUUGAUAAAUUGGUUUAUAUUGACGCCGGCUACGCUGUCACAUUGGUGGCGUACAUUUUUGGAUUGGCAUUGUGUCCGGCAACGAAAACGACAAUACAACAGGUACCAGGAUCAUCACGAUCCAAACUUCACCCAAACACCAACCAUGUACGAAUUUCGACCAUUUGAAUUAACACAGUGCCAAUAUAAAAAAUAUGGCAAAUCAAGCAUUGGACGCGGCAUUAAUUGCAUACCAAAAGCACGCAGCGGACAUCGAUGUGUAGCCAACGAAAGUGAUCUAUUCUCAUUUGGAGGUUAUAACCCAGACAUUGACACAAAACUAUUGCCGGAACUAUUGAAAUUUAACUUUUUAACAAAAAAAUGGAGCAUAGUAUUUUCAUCGAAUUCAGAAGAAAUGCCAAAAGAGUCCGUGUCAAAUGCACUCACCUUGAAAGAUAAUUGUCUUGUGUUGUAUGGAGGAACCGGAUUUCCAUUUGGUGAAAAGAGAUCGAAUGAAACCUAUUUGAUAUGGCCGUACGGAUUUCGGAAGAUCGAAAAAUUGCCAACUCGUGGUGACCGACCUGAGGAAUUAUAUGGACAAUCAAUAUUAGUUCGUGGACAUUAUUUAUAUGUGCUUGGUGGCACAAGCGGUCACGACUUUACAUGUGAUAUUCAUAGACUUAAUCUAAAUACACGCACGUGGGAAUUAUUGUAUCAAUCAAAUGAAAAUAUCCGAGACGAUCCAAAAGGUCGAUAUCGACAGGAAAUUGCGUACGAUGACGACUAUAUAUACAUAUUUGGUGGUGGAACGCAAGACACAUCAUUCGAUAUGGACCGCAUACCGGUGUACAAUUUCCAUCAAAAUCGAUUUACUUUUAUUCCAACCAAGCCAGAUUUGGCGAUAAAGGAAAAUGGUGGCUAUCCGGAAGCACGACGUUUUCAUUCGUGUGUUCAGCAGCCGGGCGACAAUGGCAUUGAGGUGAUCAUUGCCGGUGGUUCGAAGCAAGAUGGACUCUAUUUCGAUGAUAUUUGGAAAUUUAAUUUAUCCACACAUCAAUGGCAGUUAUUAACCAAAUCAAAAUUACCAUAUGUACUGUAUUUUCAUGAUGCGGCCGCCGUUGGUAAUGGUUUAAUGUACAUCUUUGGCGGUGUAACAACUAAUACGCGUGAUGUGGUACGGAAAAAUGAUUUGCAUAAAAUAUGGACACAAAUACCAAAGUUGACGGAAAUAUGCUGGGAGGCGGUCACAUUUUAUCAUCCAAACAUAGUCGAUCAAAGCAAAGAACAACUACUCAGCGUUGGUAUACCAAGAAAAUUUGCCGACCGAAUCACACACGGCCGGAAUUCAGGUGCCAUUUUCUAGCGAACGAAUUUUUUUUAACGAUUUCCAAUUUUUAAUUCAAUUUUCAAACAACACUUGCCCAAUUUGCGUCGAUGAUCGACCGCCAGAGAUUAUGUAGCAUUAAUUUGAUGCUAUUAACACAAAAGUUUAACCAGAUGAAUUGAAUGGUACGACAAGUUUUAUAGUUGUACAAAAUUUGAAUUUCGAUUCAAUCUCUUCCCUUUUAUACUGUUCAAAUAAUUCAGAAAUUGCACACAUGAGCACUCCACAUAAUUUCUGAACUAUAAUCAUGUUCCCAUUUUUUAUUCAUCGCCGAUUUUAAACCACCACUUUCUGUUUUUAAUUCAGAUAUUUUAUUUUUUCGAUUAAGAAAUCGAAUGAUUUGACCCUUUUUCUGAAUUUCCAAAAAUAAAAACUGACUAAUUAGAUUUUUAAAAUAAACACCGAUUUAUUUUUAUGAUAUCAAUUCAUGCUUACAAACAAAUUGCAAACAAAUUAUUAUUAUUUAUAAAAGAAACUGCUAGAUCUAAAUUAUUUUUACAUUUAAAUGUAAGAUUGUACCAGGGAAUAUAACUUGUGACAUAAAAUCAAAUAAAAUGGUAUUUAACUUGAA